GACUGCUGAGGAGGAGAGGGGACGGGGAUGCGAAUACGAAUGGGAAGCGAGAGAAGCGCAUCGAUUCAACGGAUUUAAUCAUGCACAAAACGCCACCGAUACAAACUGGACAACUUGUUGGUGUUGCGUUUCUACCAUAAACCUUAUCCCAUGUCACAACUAUACAAUAGGCCUAGAGCGAUGGGCUCGACGAGAAUAUCCAGACGGGACUCCGCAACGUCUCCCUCUCCGACAGGAUUUCCAAAGUUUCGCUUGUGCGCGCAUUUCAUUGUAUGGAUAGCGGCUUUGGCGUCAGCCUGCACGGGCUUUAACCUGGAUGUGAAGGAGCGGGUGGUUUACACUGGACCAGAGGGCAGCUACUUUGGUUAUUCUGUGGAAUUCUACGACGACAACUCAUCAAGUGUCAGUAUUCUAGUUGGAGCCCCAAAAGCCAACACCAGCCAACCAGAUGUCAUGGAGGGUGGGGCCGUAUUCCUCUGUCCUUGGAGCCGGAGCCAAUCAAAAUGUAGCAUUCUCGAGUUUGACAGUGAAGGAGAUCGGAGUUUCAACAUCAAUGACAAAGACCUCAAGGUGGAAUUCAAGUCGCACCAGUGGUUCGGGGCGACCGUGCGGUCCCAUGGAGACACCGUCCUGGCCUGUGCACCAAGGUACUAUUGGAGGACAGAGCACGAUAUUCCCUUUUCAGAUGCCACAGGAACAUGCUACUUGUCCGUGAACAACUUUACCAAAAUAGUUGAAUACGCUCCCUGUCGAACAGAGAGGCACGGUCCUGCUGGCCAGGGCUACUGCCAAGGGGGAUUCAGCGCAGACUUCACUCAGGAUGGGAAAGUUGUUCUUGGGGGACCUGGAAGUUUCUAUUGGCAAGGUCAGCUGAUCACGGCCACCACAGAGGAGAUCGUGAAGGCCUUCUACCCUUCCUACUUCCUGUUGUCGGUGGACGGGCAGGUGCAGACCAGACAAGUGCAGAGCAGCUAUGACGACAGCUACCUCGGCUAUUCUGUCACUGUGGGAGAGUUCAGUGGAGAUGACACAGAAGAUUUUGUAACGGGUGUACCCAAAGGAGUCAUGCUUUAUGGCUUGGUAUCUAUCCUUAAUGGAACCAAUCUACAGUCGAUGCUUAACUUCACUGGCGAACAGAUGGGCUCAUACUUCGGUUAUGCAGUGGCAACAACCGAUAUCAACAAUGACGGGCUGAUGGACCUGGUGGUGGGAGCUCCUCUCUUCAUGUUCCACUGGCCAGGAGGCCACCUGGAGGAGGUGGGCCGCGUUUAUGUGUACUUGCAGACGGCCCCCCUGCUCUUCCGGCCCGCCCAGCAGCUGAGUGGCACACACACGUACGGCCGAUUCGGGGCCUCAUUCGCCCCACUGGGAGACUUAGACCAGGAUGGGUACAAUGAUGUAGCCAUUGGUUGCCCAUUUGGUGGAGAGGAGGGGCACGGUCUGGUCCUCAUCUACAAUGGACAAACAACUGGACUUGGGGACACUCCCUCCCAGGUGCUGGCUGCCCACUGGGCCUCUGGAAGGCUCCCCACUGGCUUUGGUUUCUCCAUCCAAGGAAACAAAGACCUGGAUGGGAAUGGAUACCCUGAUCUCCUUGUUGGAGCCUUUGGGGUGGACAAAGCAGUUCUCUACAGGGCGAGACCGAUUGUAAACACCACUGCCACGUUGACAAUACACCCCACCAUGAUCAACCCAGAGGAGAGGAACUGUAUAGUCACCAAUGAGAAUGGAACCUCCCCUGCAUCCUGUGUGAGUUUGAGUUACUGCCUCUCUGCUGAGGGAAAGCACCUUCCAGCUGAUCUGGCCUUUGUGGUGGAGGUGCAACUGGAUAACAAGAAGCACCAGCUGCAGCAGCAGCAGAGAGGGCUGGUGAGGAGAGCCCUGUUCCUGGAUAGCCAGCAGCCCAGCCUCCUGCAGACCCUGUCCAUAGCCAACGGAGCACGCAUAUGCCUGGAGAGCAAGAUAUACCUGAGAGGUGAGAAGGAGUUCCGUGAUAAGCUCUCUCCCAUAGUGAUCUCCCUGAACUACUCUCUGGACCCCCGCGCCCCUGUGGACCAGCACGGCCUGCAGCCCAUCCUCAACUACCAGAGCUCGCAGCUCAUCGAACAGAAGACUCAGAUACAGCUGGACUGUGGAGACGACAACAUCUGUGUGCCGGACCUGAAACUCACCGUUCAAGGUGACCGUGAUGAGGUGUACCUGGGCGAUGAGAAUGUGUUGACUCUGGCUUUCAAUGCCGUGAAUGAUGGAGAGGGCGGGGCCUAUGAAGCAGACCUCUAUGUGCUCCUCCCCCCUGAGGCAGACUACAGCGGCAUUGCCAGAAACAACCAGACACUGUCUCAGUUGACCUGCAGUUACACUUCAGUGAAUGAUACUCGCUUUGUCAGCUGUGACCUUGGCAACCCUAUGAAGUCUGGAACAAGUUUAUGGGCUGGCCUGCGCUUCACUGUUCCCAGAGUCAAGGACACGCAGAAGACCGUCCAGUUUGACCUGCAGAUACGCAGUAAGAACGAGAACAACUCCCACAGCGAGGUCGUCUCCUACCCGCUCAACGUCGCUGUCAUGGCAGACGUCAUUCUGCAGGGUGUGUCUCGUCCGGAUAAACUCCUCUUCCCUCCCGCCGACUGGAGGCCGACCAACAGGUGGAUAGAACAGGACAUCGGCCCCCAGAUGCUGCACGUCUAUGAGUUGGUGAAUAAUGGUCCCAGUACUCUGAGUGUGUCUACCCUGGAGCUGCGGUGUCCUCGUCAGGUGGAGGGCCAUGGCCUGGUCUAUCCUCUAGAGGUCAGCACUGAGGGCCCGCUCAACUGCACCACCAAGAACAUCAUUAACCCCCUCAGGGUCAAGCUCCAGCCCUCCCCGUCGGAGGAGCCCCCAUCGCUGGCGUCGACCGGCCCCUCUCCCCCCCGCCAGAGCAGGGAGCUGCCCCGCGACCAGCUGUCUCAGCUCAGCAACCUGUCCUGUUGGACGGUGCAGUGUUGGAGGCUGCAGUGCAGCGUGGGACUGCUGCCUCGAGGGAAGAGUGCCAUCCUGAAAGUCAGGUCACGUGUCAACGCAGAGACCUUUAUAGAGAGAGCUUACAAGCAGUAUACGCUGGAGUGCACCAUGGAGUACAAAGUGGAGAAGAUGCCCUACUCCAUAUUACCCAAGGAACACCCCAGUGGAUCCACCAAGGUGGUGACCCCCAUCGUGUGGGGUAACCCAGAGAACCCCUAUGCCGUUCCCCUCUGGAUCAUCAUCCUGGCCAUACUCGCUGGACUGCUGCUGCUGGCUCUACUCAUAUACAUUUUAUACAAGCUUGGUUUCUUCAAGCGGUCCGACCCAUAUGGCACCGCCAUGGAGAAGGCAAAACUCAAGCCCCAGGCUUCAUCCGAGGCCUAACCGAGACCACUGACGCCCCUUGGAUUGCACUUCAAAACGGGAAGACUCAACAGGAACAAAGAAGAGGAAUCCAAAUCACCACAAGGGAACUAGAGUGUGCACUACAGCCCUGUGUGUGAAAACCUGUGUCCGAUGCGCUGACUGCAAACCGAAGUGGAACCUUUGCAGGGUGGGUGUACUGCCUGGAGAGGAAGGCCCAAACUGAAGCCAUCAAUGAGCUUUUUCACGAUUAAGACUGAGCAAAAACUGAAGAAAAAAAACGAUCAAAUCGAUACAGCGCACAUAUGCUCUGCUUAGCAGCAGUGAUCUCUAGCAGGCCCUGUCUAUGUGACGACGCUGAAGUGUAUCGUAUAGAGAUCAUUGAUGCUGUACAGUAGCUGAUGCUGCAGAUUUGCUCUGCCACAAACUCAGAUAUGAACUAAUGUGGAAUGUGGAACGGCUUGUGACCUCUCACUAAACCACAAGUUACGCAAUACAGCCAUCAUCUGAGGUUGGGGUCAGUGACCUUCUUUUAUGGGAUUGGACUUCGUUCUGCAGAGCCCGGAGCGUCUACCCCCAAAAUAGUAUUCACGCGACCACAGUGGCACAUCAUAGUACUAGAGGAAAACACAAAGACCAGAUGGUUUAUCGGCCAACCCCAAUGGAGGCACUGACUGAUACCGUAUCACUGUCCUAAGAAGGGCAGAUGGGAAAUAACUUUAAAUGGCAUGUCAGCACUCAUCACCAGAGGGACAUCUUUUACAGAAUAGUGUUAUUUAUAUGAAGGGCUUCAGUGGUUGUGUGUGUUUAUUUCCUUUGCAAGUCUUGGCUUCAGACAGUAAAAAAACAGGCUUCUAUCCUGUGUGUGCAGUGCACUCAUAAGUCUGCGCACAUACGUUAUUUAAAGGUGCACUGUGUAAUAUUUUUAGUAGUUAAUUUCCAGAAUUCAUGCUGCCCAUUCACAAAAUGUUACCUUUUUCAUGAAAACUUAUCACCACCAUGUAAUUCUAAGUGUACAUUAUGACUGGGAAAAUUGCACUUUUCAUACAUGAAAAGGGAGAUCCUCUCCAUUGUCUGCCAUUUAGAAUUUCCAGAAUUUUUCAGCUGCAAAACUUACUGUACUUUGGUCAUACUAGUAGUCAAUUAUUUAGUAAACAUUCAUGAAAAGAUCAAAUUUGGCAGUAGACAGCACAGUUUCAAUGAGCAGCAUAGUUGCAAUAACCUACUCUGGCCACUAUCCGACACAGUGUACCUUUAAGCAAUCAUAUAGCCUACCUGUCUGACCAUUUUGGUGCCGUUGAAUAUAAUCAGCUGUUUCAGAAAUGGUGGGAUCAAGUAUGUGCCUUAUAUGCGUUUCAAAUGUCUGAACCCAGGUCUCUCAUCUCUCCGUACUUUUUUGCAUCAGUAAAACUGGAAGUAUAAAGUGGCCAGUUGUCGACUGUGGUGACCACGUACAAGUUUCACUAAGCCUACUGUAGACACUGCCUCUUACAGCCAACGUAAGCUUUGAAUGACAGUUGUUUUACAUCUGUGGUUAACGCUCUUCUUUGGUGAAUCUCCCAUGGUGCAGGCCUAUAGUGUGUUGACUGGUGAAAUAUGUCCUAUUGUAGUAGUGAAGCCAAGGAGCAUCUAGUAGUGACUGUGGGUGAAAACCAUUUCCUGCAAACUUCAGUUCGCAUCCUUUCCUCUGUGCUUAGGCUUCUUUGUCGUCUCGGGUUUUUAAAAAAAACAUCAGCCUGACGGCACAUGAGGACAUUCACCAAUGUUUCAAACAAGGAUUAUUCCCUAUUUGAGAUAUAGUAUCACACUUGUUUUUUAAAUGUUAGAUGAAUGCCCAAUAUAAAGUCAAAGGACAAAGGAAAGGGCGGGAGGACAGAGCUUGACGUAAACCCUGUGUGUUUGGACAAUCAGGAGGAAUCCAAGAUGGCGUGUGGAGUCUCCCUGAUGCACCACAGGGUGGACCAACCCCACGUUCAUCCCCUCUGCUAAGAUAAUCACACACACACCUGCCUGCCUGCUCAUGGGCGUACAUGUUUUCAUUACCUUGAAUGGCCUACAGCUUGCUGUGGAGAGUUCAUGGCUGGCAGAAGGGAAAAAAACUUGCAAGCAUUAUGCUUUUGUGAAAGCUUUCUGUUAUCAGUGUAAAACUCAUAAUUUGCCUUUUGCCUUCUACACACGCACACACACACACCCACACACACACCCACACACACACACACACACACACACACACACACACACACAAACACACACGCUCGCACACACAAACAUACGGCUGAUCUGUCAUAAAGUGGUGGUUUAACGACGUGUACGAUCCACACAUCCUGCCUGCGGUAAAACAUUUUGGUCUUCUGCUUUUCAACUGUAUAUGUUUGUCUGAGGAAAGACUGAAAUGUUAGUGUCAAGUCCUGAUUGUCCUCAGGUCAUACAAAUUCUCAUUGACUAUGCACUUCUCAUGCAUUUUACAUGAAGUGUCUGAGUGGGGUUUUUUUUAUAUCGACACAUCUCCACAAAUACUGCAGUUCGGAUUGUACUUGAAUAUUCUAUUACUUCUAAGUACUGUAUGUAUUUAACCUUAAGUAUUACAAUGCAAAAACAAACAAGAGCAGAACAUUUUAUAGCCAAAGUACAAUUGUCACAUCAUAUGAUCCAUAAACAUGAAAAAGUCAUGAAAUUCUACCUAAAUUAUCAGUUUUUUAGAACAGGGAAAAGAGACAUGGAACAUACAGGUAAAAUUCAUUCCUAUAGUUUUUUCACUUUUUUUCCUUUUUUUUCUAAAGGCCAUAAGUUUGCAGAUUUCCUGCCUGGGAAAGAGCCAUAGAGAUGAAUGCUCAAACACCGAAACCCUUUAAAUUGCUCAUCUGUAGAUUGUUUCCCAUGUAUUGGUAACAUUGAGGUUUUCAUGCUAUGGCCAAAUGUAAUCAUAUGUAUUAGAGAAUUCAUCUGCCUGAGGGUUUUGUUGGAAUUGUACAUUUUUGCUACUGUAAGUCAGGAAAAUAUUUUAAUAUACAUUGAAAAUGUGUUGUUUUGUUGAAAAUGUAUAAUUUUCCCAUAUUGGGAGAAAUGUGUGUUAUUUUUCUGUUGUAUAUACCUGUUGUGAAGAAAAUAAAG